UCUGCAGGCCCAAAGUCUAUCCACCCCCUCCACCUGACGGCCUGUGUUCCGGCUCUCACUGACUUGCGACAGCGUGGGGACGAACCACCUUCACCCACCCGAAGCCAUGAACUUCCUCCGGCGGCGUCUCUCUGACAGCAGCUUUGUGGCCAACCUGCCCAAUGGCUACAUGGCGGACCUUCAGCGCCCAGAUAGCUCCACCAGCUCCCCGGCCUCCCCGGCCAUGGAGAGGAGGCACCCCCAGCCCCUGGCGGCCUCCUUCUCCUCGCCAGGAUCCAGCCUUUUUAGCUCCUUCUCCAGCGCCGUGAAGCAGACCCCUCAGACCCCGGUGGGCGUGGUGGAGCCUCCGGUUCCCUCCACACCUGUUGUUCAAAGACCCAGGAUCCUGCUGGUGAUUGACGACAGCCACACAGACUGGUCUAAGUAUUUCCAGGGCAAGAAGCUGAAUGGGGAGAUUGAGAUCCGAGUGGAACAGGCUGAAUUCUCCGAGUUGAACCUGGCUGCCUAUGUGACUGGGGGCUGUGUGGUGGACAUGCAGGUCAUCAGAAAUGGGACCAAAGUUGUGAGAUCCUUCAAGCCAGACUUCAUCCUGGUCCGCCAGCAUGCCUACAGUAUGGCCCUGGGCGAAGACUACCGCAGCCUGGUCAUUGGCCUGCAGUACGGAGGGCUGCCCGCCAUCAACUCCCUCUACUCCGUCUACAACUUCUGCAGCAAGCCCUGGGUGUUCUCUCAACUCAUUAAGAUCUUUCACUCCUUGGGCCCUGAGAAGUUCCCACUGGUGGAGCAAACAUUUUUUCCCAACCACAAGCCAAUGCUCACCGCCCCACACUUCCCCGUGGUGGUCAAGCUGGGACACGCCCACGCCGGGAUGGGAAAGAUCAAAGUGGAAAACCAGCACGACUACCAGGACAUCACGAGCGUGGUGGCCAUGGCCAAGACCUACGCCACCACCGAGGCCUUCAUCGACUCCAAGUACGACAUCCGCAUCCAGAAAAUCGGGGCCAACUACAAGGCCUACAUGAGAACCUCCAUCUCCGGGAACUGGAAGGCCAAUACAGGCUCUGCCAUGCUGGAGCAGGUGGCCAUGACCGAGAGGUACAGGCUGUGGGUGGACAGCUGCUCAGAGAUGUUCGGUGGCCUGGACAUCUGUGCGGUCAAGGCGGUCCACAGCAAGGACGGCCGGGAUUACAUCAUCGAGGUGAUGGACAGCUCCAUGCCCCUGAUCGGAGAGCACGUGGAAGAGGACAGACAGCUGAUGGCUGACCUUGUCAUCUCCAAAAUGAACCACCUGCUGGCGCCAGGGGCCACGGUGCCCUCGCCCCUGAGACCUUGGGCUCCACCGACCAAACCAGCGAAAUCCCCAGGGCAGGCCCAGCUGGGCCCUCAGCUGGGACAACCCCAGCCACGGCCGCCUCCACAAGGGGGCCCUCGUCAAGCUCAGUCUCCUCAGCUCCCGAGGUCUGGAAGCCCCUCCCAACAGAGGCUCUCCCCCCAAGGCCAGCAGCCCCUGAGCCCCCAGGCCGGCUCUCCACAGCAGCAGAGGUCACCAGGGUCCCCACAGCUGUCCCGGGCGUCCAGUGGCGGCUCCCCGAACCAGGCCGCCAAGCCGGGCGCCACCCUCGCCUCUCUGCCCCGGCCACCCGUGCAGGGCCGCAGCGCCUCCCAGCAGGGCGAAGAGACCAAGAAGUCAGCACCACCUCAUCCUCAUCUCAACAAAUCUCAGUCCCUGACCAACAGCCUCAGCUCCUCCGACGCCUCCCAGCGCGGGCCCCCCAGUGAAGACGAGGCCAAGGCCGAGACCAUCCGCAACCUGAGGAAGUCCUUCGCCAGCCUGUUCUCUGAUUAA